AUGUGGCCAACGUGGCAAGUGAUAACGCUGCUGGGGCUUCUGGCCGGGGCUUUGGGUCUCCACUCGACGCCGGACAGGGCCAUGGCCAUAAGCUCACUGUUGCUUGGCCAGAACUUUGAGGAUUUUCAGCCGUAUUACGUUCAGAAGGAGGAACAGGAAGCCGAUCAGCUGGUGGCCGCCUCCAAACACGACGAGCACUCGGAGGGCGGCGAGGAGGAGUCCGGAGAGGAGCAUCAUAGCGAGCAUUUCAAAAAGCAUGGUGGCAAAGGCAAGAAGGGCCACAAGCACGAGGAGCACUCGGAAAAAGGCGAGAAGGGUCACCACGACAAAGAGGGCAAGAAGGGCGAGCAUGGCGAGGAAGAGGGCCACGAGAAGAAGCACAAACACUCUGAGGCUCAUCACAAAAAGAAGAAGAAAGGCUCAAAGGGCGAAAAGGGCAGUGAAUUCGAGGAUCACGGCUCCUACAAAAAAGGCCAUUCCAUCAAGGGCAAGCAUCAUGUGCACAAGCUAGACGAAAACAAGAAGGAGAAGAAAUUCUACGACGAGGAUCACGACGAGGGUGGCGAGGAGAAACACGGCGGCUUCGAAGAGGGCAAGAAGCAUAAGAAGGGCAGCAGCUUCAAGAAGGGCGGUCACAAGAAGGGCGAUCACGAGGAGCACUACGGCAAGAAGGGUCACAGCAAGAAGGGACACAAGAAGAAGGGUCACAAGGGUCAUAAGAAGAAGCACGAGGAGGCCAAGAAGUGGGGCCAGAAGAAGGAGCAAGGCAAGAAGGGCGGCGAGGAGCACAAGAAGAAGUGGCACAAGUCCCACAAGCAGAGCAGCGAACACGACCAUGGACACCAUUGA